CAUCCACAGCCUCCUUGGGCAACCUGUUCCAGUGCCUCACCACCCUCUGGGUGAUUCUGAUCAACUAAUUCAUUUACAAGCAACUUCACAAUAUAUGGUUUGCUAGACUAGUUACAGGACAAAAGCAUCAUGUCAUGGACCAUACUGGCUACUGAGGGCUUGGACAUGGCCACAUCAGACACACUACUUGACACCUAAGGUUAAUGAGGAUUCCACCCUCAUCAUUUAGAAGUGCUGCGUUAAACUUUAAAGACAACUAAGAAAUGAACACUGAUCUUCAAAUCAAUGCAAAAUCAACACAGAGCUAAAAUGCCAGAGCUGGUGGGACGCUGCCUUUUCUCUUGAAACUGGGAAAGUUCAUCAUAUUUAAAUGAAUGCUAUUUUGGGAAAGGUGUCAGGCAUUUUUCAUAUAUAUGUUCAAAACAUUGAAAGCUGUCUGGACUAUUCCUAUGAAUUCUUCCCUGGCAGAAGUUGAUAAAACAGUAAAAAUCUUACAGAAUGAUAUUUGUGUUAUAUUGAAUCCAUAGCUUUGUCUACUCCAAAAAUAUCCUGGUAAAGUCAAUAGCAAGCCAUAGUUUUGUGUGAAUUAUAUCAAACAAAAUCUUGUGUCCUAAGUACUGCAAUAAGUACUGCUUUAGGCAUAAGAAAAUCAGCUAUUCAAUUCCUCCAAACACCCACUCAGACUUUUUCUUAAGAUUUUUUCAAUACAUGGUAUUCUGUUGCAAUAUUUGGCAAAAUCACAUUAUCUAUUUUUAUACAAAUGGAAAUAAAGCUGCUUGGUUAUCAUUGGUAUUCUUUGCUUCCUGUCCUGAAAGUAUGUGCAUUUCAGUUCCAAGAAAGGACUGGAAGGACUAAGAAUGGAAUAUGCUCCUAUACAUCUGUCAAUAGAGAAGUGUUCACUGCAGUGAUUUCUUCUCUCUUAAAGGACAGGGAGGAUUCCCUGACUGUUCUAUACUAGAAGCAUAAGAUCUAGGCGUGAAGAGAAUAUCACUAAGUGCCAACAAGAACCUGAAUGAGACAGUGAGGAGCUAAUAAUAAUAAUAACCAAGCCAUUUUAGUAAGAAGAAGCCAGGAAAACUUACUGGAUCUUUUCAAAACUCAUUUGCUAUUCGUUUGGUCCAACCUACUCCUUUCAAGUAUGCCCCAACUUUUCAGCUUUUGAUGUCGUUAUUAGUUGAACAGAAUGAUAAAUGAUAAAAAAACCACUUGCCCAUGGAAUGCUGUUUCAACAAUGGAUCAUGUCCUGCAUAAACAAAUGCAAAGAGAAUUUAUUAGGAACUAAACAGAGAAACUCCGUACAGAUUCACCUAGUUAUCCAAAUUACUGAGACUCCAGAAGUAAAAUUACAUUAUUUCUCACACAGAAAUGCCCCAAAUGCUCUACAAGCUGCUAUGCAAAUUGCAUGGGAAAAUUUAACCCACCACUGAACAGAACUGCACCUCGUCACGGAAGACGGCAAACAGCUCAUUAUGGACAAGGCCAGCCACCAGAAAUUCUGCCAUGGGAAAAAAAGUCUUGCUAAACGUGUUUGCUAAAUUACUGCAGACAGCAAUUAUCGCUGCUUUGCACUGCUCCUCAGAUACACUUUCUGUGUUAUCUGGGUGGGGUGAAGACUGCAGUGCUGCCAUCCCAUCUGCUCUGUAUGGAGGGACUGGAGCUCCCAGAAACAUUCCCACCAUCAUAAGCCUGGAAUCAGCUGCAAUGAGACCGUCCUCACCUCCAGGGGGACAACACGGACAUAAAAUUACACAGCACUUUCUGAGAUGAUCAUCUCACUGUUACUACAAGAUGCAUCCUCAGGCUUCAAUACAUCACUGAAAAAUCAGUGACCAAAAAAUCAGGAAGGAGCAGAGACAAGUUUACUGCUGUACAGAAGAGGUUUAUCUUUGGCAUCAUCUACGAUGGCCACAUCAUCUGCCCUGCUGCAGGCUUAAAAUAACAAAAAAAAUCCCUGGUCUCUCACUACAAAAGUAUGGUCAGACAUUUCUUUGAAGAAUGAUUAUAAAUGUUUGCCAAUAGCAGUGUUUGCCAAAUUUCUAAGAACACGGAUGUAUACCAGUAUGACCAAUCACUGACAGGAAAAACAGACACAAAUGAUGCUGCACUGCUGUGAAAGCACAAAGUGCCUCAAGCUUCAUCUGUUUAAGGACUGAAAUGAACCAAGCGCACAGAGGGGAGGGGAAUUUACAGCAAGCUUUGUGCAUUCAAUUCUGAUGGCUGAAAGCUAACUACAGGCUUGUAUGGGAUUCCCUGAACCAUUUUCCACCCCUGUUAGCAACAAGUCUCAGAAAAACUAAGGAUCUCCUUAAAACAAAUUUCCACUUUGUCUGCAUGUCAGUAGGGAUCUGUUUACAACGGGUAAUGACACCUCGCUGACAAGACAAAAACUGCUUUAAAAUUAAAACCUUUUUCACUCUCGUUUUGUUAAUCCCAUGGAUGUGAACUGCUGGCACAACUCAGCACUGUACCCAUCCCUCUCCUGACUCCUCGUCCCUCACUCUGCAGGCUGACGACAAGAACACCACUUUACAAGGCACGAGUAUUACCAAACGUUAAACCUAACGCAGUUGUGAGGUUUUUCGUUUGUUCAGCUUCGACACUCCUGAUGGGCUCAGAGCAAGGAGCACAGCAGCUGCAGCAGGGCUGGACGUGGGGUUCAGAGCCGCAUCUGUCCCACAGCCCAGCCCAGCCAUCACACCAAAACGCUCGCGACUUCGUUCAGGCACCCACGUAUCUCCUCCCAGCUUUACAUUUUUCUGUUUGGCUGCCAGGCUCCAAUCUAGGGUUGCAAGGAGGGACGGCAGCCUGCUCCAGACGCUGCAGCCCGACGCCCAGGGCUCUGUGUGGGAGCACAGGGGACCCCGAUGUCCCGCAGCCCCCCCGGCUCGCACUGAGGGGAGGAGUGAGGCGGGAAGGGGACGCUCCAAGGGGAGGAGGGACAACUUUAGAAGUCUCCAUAUGUCUUUUCCUUUCAGGAAACACAUCCUGUUCAUGUUUGACUGCCGUGGCAGCGGCUCUGUUUGUUGCAGUCGACUACGCCCUGAGGCUCACCAAAAACAGCCACAAAAACAGCCAUUUCCUCUGAGUGGAGAGGUGGGGGGGUGGGGGGCAGACCUUUUCCUCACGGCAGUCCGCGCUCCAGCCCCCACCACUCGCAGCUCUGGUGCUCAGAGGGACGCAGCGGAGCAAAUUCCUCGGGAUACUCCAAGCUUUCCUAGCUCCUUUGGGAUGAAAACAUUCGUUUGGAGUUCAGCUGGGCUUUAAGAAUGCCAUUUGUCAGCAUCCGCGGGAUAUUCUGAAGCGCUCAUCUGAAAGGAUCCGUGCCCCUGGCUGCGCUGGGCACGCUGCUGGCCGGCACCCAGCGCCCGCGCUCUGCCCGCAGCCUGGAUCCCCACAGCGCCUGCCUCGGCUCACAGGGAAUGGACCUCCCCGUCUUCCAGUUCAUCACCGGCCUGGCACUGCUCAUCAAGGUGCAAGAAGGUGGAUAAGCCAAAGCUGGGAAGGACAGAAACUUAAAUAAGCUUCUUGGUGUUCUUAUUUUAUGGAAUUAUCCUACCUACCUCACAAAAUUCUCAUUUGCUUCGUCAGAAACACCUCUGGAGUUGACUUUGAGAAUGAACGGUGAUGUCCUCUAGCCACUCAUAACAUCCUAUCCAAGCUGCCUCCAUUUCAAGCCCCAUUUCAAUGUGCUGCAGCUGACUGAGACCUCGCGUCUUCUGCUAAUAGAGACCGGCAGCGAGCUGACAGUCAGAUAUGACUGUCCAGAAACUGGUAGCCACAGCUGUGUUGGUAGCCUUGGUCUCACUUAUUCUUAACAACGCGGCUGCCUUUACUCCUAACUGGGUGUACCAGACCCUGGAAGAUGGGCGGAAGCGCAGCGUGGGGCUCUGGAAGAUGUGCUGGCUGGCAGAGAGGAGCAAGGCAGCAGCGAGCACGAGCAGCAGGCACGGGCAAGGGGAGGAGCGCGAGUGCGAAGCCCUGGGCUGGGGCUCAGAGUCAGCCGGGUUCCAGGAGUCUCGCAGCACUGUCAAAUUGCAGUUUGACAUGAUGCGAGCCUGUAACCUCAUCGCUACUGUUGCUCUGACUGCUGGCCAGCUCAUUUUCGUCCUGGGCCUGGUGGAGAUACCCAUCAUUUCUCAGGAUACCCAGUGGUGGGAGGAAGCCAUUGCUGCUGUGUUCCAGCUUGCCAGUUUUGUUCUGGUCAUUGGAUUGGUGACUUUCUACCGCAUCGGACCAUACACCAACCUCUCAUGGUCCUGUUACCUGAACAUUGGAGCCUGUCUUUUGGCCACACUGGCAGCUGCCAUCCUCAUAUGGAACAUCCUCCACAGGCGCGAGGACUGCAUGGCGCCGCGGGUCAUUGUCAUCAGCCGCACCCUGACCGCGCGGUUUCGCCGGGGCCUGGAAAACGACUACGUGGAGUCACCGUGCUGAAUGCAGGGACUUGAAAGGGGAAAGAUCUCCAGGGAGAUCUGCGUCGGUGUUUUAUAUAAAUAUAUGCUAUAAUUUAAAAGUAAGGGUUGAAGGACAUCACAAAGCUCACUCUCGUGGGCAGAGGCCCUCAGUUAUUAUUUGGAUGGGCUCCAUCUAUAUACAUAUGUAUAAAACAUAUAAUUUUAUAUAUUUUAUAUUGCCAUCUUCCUCUACUGUACAGUGCAGAAUAUUGGGCUGUCAGAAUCCUGACAGCAUCACAGCUAUGUGUCAGCAGGUGCAGACAGAUCCCAUGAGACUACAGAAGAGAGACAACCUAACAUUUACUGCCUGGAUAAAGUUGUCUUGCUCCCUUAGUAACAUCGAAAACUUUGGGAGGCCAGUGAUGACCAGCUUUCCUUUGCAGUUAACAGGCAGUCUGAGAAAGCAGAAAACUCACUGUAGAGUAAGUGAUGAUUUUUAACAGCUGUUAAGAUUUCAUGGCUUUUUAGUCUUCCAUCCCCAUCCCAUUCAUCCAUUUCAAGGAACUCCUCAUUAACUGCAACACCUACUCUUUUCAAGCCACAUCAUAAAGCAAGAACUACAAGUCUAAUAGUUCUAAUUGGUAAGGGAAUGCAGAAGAAUUCAGCUGCAUUUUCUCCAGAUACUACUUUUUUCACCCUAGGAGAGAGCUUCAGGUUUAUCCUAUAUGUAAAUAGACGCCAUUAAAAACGAAAAGGGCAUGCCACUAGAACAGGCCUUACAUGGUGCUGAAAUUCUCCUGCAGUAUUACACUGUGGGCAGAACUACAGAAGGUGAUUACCUGGAUUCUCUCAUAAUCAUAGAUACUACUGAUUUGCUUCACAGGAAAUUAUUAGUAAUAAUUGAUAUUUCAGGCCACAUAGGUUUCUUCCUGGCUUGCUUUAACAUUUGCCAGGCAAUUUCCACAUUAGAGUGCUAUGUUAGGACAUCCAGCUCUGCCCAGCAAUGCUCGGAGGCACCUAAUGGAAUAUUGGAGACAGUACCUGCUACUCCAGCACAUAAACUGGAGAAUAAGACAAACACAGACUUUGCCAUGAGAUAAAGCAUCUGUCUGUUAACUUCAUAUGGUAAUGAAAUGAAAAUUAGUACCUUCAGAACUAGGCACGAUGCCUGUUAGCCUCACAAGGACUCACAAGGCACGUGCAUGCAGCCUUCAGGAAGAAAAAACAACAGGUCAAAAACUGUAAUGCCAAAAUACUUCAGACACGAGGAUAGCUGCAAUGACACAUGUUUAGGAGUUGUCAACAGAGGCUGCUCUGAGCACUUACUGACAGAUCUGAAGGACUGAGCUGUGAAUAUGAGCUGUGAACGUCACAGACUGCAUAACACUGUUGUGUUGCUCCCAGCCGAUACACUGCUCCUCUUUACUAUUAUUUUCACCAUAUUUUGCCACACUUAAAACGUGAUCAUCAAGCUGGCUCUUGAAUUCUGUUCUCAAACUCAGUUCUGAUGCAAUAAGAAACUCAACCCCAACUGCUACUCUGCAUCAUGUUCAUAGUCAGCAACCCUUCGCAGAGACUGAUGCUCCAGAACGAUUGUAUUGUUCUAGACUAUCAGGAUAGAAUACCUUAAUGCUGACAAAGAGUUUCUUCUAACAGUAGGUUUGUAAAAACCAACUAAAUUUUGUAUUCACUCGCCUGCAUUACUUCCUGGAAAAGCUCUACCUUUCCUAGAAGCAACAUGCUAUGAUUCAUUGCAGGGAUUUUUAAAAAUUAAACUAUUUGAAUAUUUAAAAGACAUUAUAUUAUUUCUUCUAAUAUUGCAAUAUCCGUAUUAUAAUAAUGUACAUUUAAAUUUAAAAAUCAGCUAUGUGGUCAGUAAAUUUGUAAUACUUGGUAUGACUGUGAUUACUUUAGAUGUAUAAAUAAAAUUAUGAAUGUUCACUCUCCUCUGGUGAUAACGCAGAAUUUGUGCCAGGCACAGGGGAAGGUUACUCAUUUUCUCCCAGUUAGUGAUCAAAAUCUGCAGUUCACAAUGCCUUGUGGACAAAGAAUAAGCAGAGUUUACGUUGAAAGUCAGUAAAAUAAAGAUUUCAUCUUUCUGAGAAUGAAAGGGAAAAUGAAAUAAAAGCAGUAAGUGAAAUUAAGAGGAUCAGAAUGUCAUGUCAACUUUCAUUGAA